UUCUAUUCACUUCAUGUUCCCGCCCCCUAUUUCCUGCUUCCUGGUCACAUGUUUCCUGUGACAUCACAAGGUUAAUCUGGAGGAUGGGAACUAGCUGCUACCCUGAGCUCAGCCUCACCCUGGGUAGGAGGAUCUCACCCCUCCCCCAUCCACAUUCCUCUCCGGUUUCAGAGACUUUGAGUUUCGUUUCUCUUCUGCUGUCAGCGAUGGCGUCUGCUGAUCUGAGAGCUGAGCUGAAAUGUUCCGUCUGUCUGAACAUUUAUACCGAUCCUGUAACCCUGAGAUGUGGUCACAACUUCUGCCGGGUCUGUAUUGAUCGUGUGCUGGAUACACAGGAGGGGUCUGGAGAUUUCUUCUGUCCUUUAUGCAGAAAAAGGUUCAGGAGUCGUCCUGCACUGCAGAGGAACACAACACUACAUAACAUAGCAGAGACUUUCCUGUCUCCUCAGCCAGAUCCAGAGGAGUCCGGGGUCUUCUGUACUUACUGUGUGGAGUCUCCUGUACCUGCUGUUAGAUCCUGUCUGCUCUGUGAGGUUUCUCUGUGUGAUAAACACCUGAGAGUCCACAAAAAGUCCCCAGAACACGUCUUAUGUGACCCCACCUUGUCCAUGGAGAGCAGGAAAUGCUCUGUCCGUAAGAAGAUCCUGGAGUAUUACUGCACUGAGGAUGAGACAUGUGUCUGUGUGACCUGCAGUUUGGCUGGAGAACAUCGGAGACACCAGGUGGAAUCACUGGAUGAGGCUUCUGAGAAGAAGAAGGAGACAUUGAGGAAUGUUCUGCAGAAACAUCUGACAAAGAGAGAGGAGACGGAGGAAAGAGUCCAGAGUCUGCAGGAACACAGGAGGAAAGUAGAAGAAGAAGCAGCUGGUGACACCGAGAGAGUCACUGUCCUGUUUAGAGAUCUCAGGAGACGUCUGGAAGAUCUGGAGAAUAGAGCCCUGAGGGAAAUCUCCGGGAGGGCAGAGCGGAUCUCCAUCUCCAUCCGGGAUCUGGAAAUAAAGAAGGAGGAGCUGUCCAGGAAGAUGCGUCACAUUGAGGAGCUGUGUAACAUGACGGAUCCACUGACUGUCUUACAGGAAUCAGACACAGGUGACUUGUGUGAUACUGAGGAUGGAGAUAAUGAGGACACAGAGAGACAUGAGGAGCUCCUCCAUGAUGGAGGGGGUCUGGGUGUGGCGGGGGUCUUACACACAGGUUUAUCUGAUAUAAUAAGAGAGGUAAAUGUAUACUUCCCUAUACAGGGAGCUGCAGACAUAUUACUGGAUGGAAACACAGCUAAUAAUAAUCUACAGAUAUCAGAUGACAGGAAAACUGUAUCCUGGUCAGAUACAUACCAGAAUCGCCCAGAAACACCAGAGAGAUUCCAGUGUUCUCAGGUGUUGAGCAGUCAGAGUUUCUCCUCAGGGAGACAUUACUGGGAAGUGGAUGUCGGGGGAUCAGAUGAUUGGACAGUCGGGAUGUGUUACCCCAGUAUAGAGAGGAGAGGGGGGUCAUGGAUUGGAUAUAAUAAGAAGUUCUGGGGAUUGGACAGGUCUGGUAAUCAGUAUUCUGUGAUACAUGACAGGAAAGAGACCCCCUUACCCCCCAAUGUCUCCAGUAGAGUCAGGAUAUAUCUGGAUUAUGAGGCCGGGCGGAUCUCCUUUUAUGAUCUGUGUGACCCGAUCCGACACCUCCACACCUUCACCACCACCUUCACUGAGCCCCUCCAUGCUGGGUUAUGUGUAUGGAGAGGUUGUAUAAAGAUAUGUGGGGGGAGGGGGGAGAUGAGACAUCACAGGGACAGUCAGUAGGAUUAGUUGAUUGUUCAGCCAAUGAUUGGAGGAAGUGGUGACUCCUGGGAGAAGUAUGAGGGCUGCCAUUGCAGGCUUCCUUCUGAAAAUGCUAGUUCCCUGGCUUUGUACUUGUUCCGGGUCAAACUCUGGGACAGUAUCAAAUCCAAAGCAUAGACAUGACAGCCAGGGAACUAGCAUUCUCAAACGGAGAGUUUAGCAAUGGCAGCCCCCAUAAUUCUCUCAUGACAGAUGUCCUUUUACCCCUUGCUGACCAUCAUCUGUAUAUAUACAGCCAGUCAACAAGAGGUUAUACCAAG